UCCGCGGCCCAGGCUCCAAGAUGCUCCCUCCAGAGUCCUGCACGCUCCCAGGUCCCCCGACCUCGGACAGGCCGUGUGACCAAGGCCAACGCUCGGGAGCUGACUUCCAGCCUGCGCCGGCGCUGGAGCUCUCCGGACGCGAGGCCUGCCACUCUCCUGCUUCCUCCUCUCCCAUUGGCCCCUGGCCGAUCGAGGCCGCGUCUAUUUCGUACGUUGGGCGGGGCCGAAUCGAGGGAGGGUCGGGGCUUUACAAGCUUUUUUGCCCGGUCCCAAGAUGGCGCCCGUGACCACGCCAAGAAAGCCGCGUGAAGCCGCAGUUCUGCCAUCACUCAAGAUGGCUGCCCCCAUCAAGAUGACCGGGGUGUGCCGGGGGGACAGGGGCAGCGUGAUGGUCUGAGACGGUCUGGUGUCGGAUCAUGGGGAAGUUUCGGGGACUGGGGAGCGGGAUGGUGGGGGGUGGGGCCCGUGCUGGGUAGAGGGAGGAAGAGCAUCUUUCCCCCGGCUGAGCCCGGUGCCCCCGUCCCCUGGGCUGAAAUGGGGAACACGCUGGGCCUGACGCCGCUGGGGGCUUUGCCCCGCCGGAGCCCUCGUCGAGAGGAGCCUCUGCCCAACCCGGGGAGCUUCGAUGAGCUGCAUCGCCUGUGCAAAGAUGUGUUCCCGGGACAGAUGGAGGGAGUGAAGCUCAUUGUCAACAAGGUUCUGAGCAGCCAUUUCCAGGUGGCUCACACCGUGCACCUGAGUGCCCUGGGACUGCCCGGCUAUCACCUCCACGCAGCCUACGCAGGGGACUGGCAACUCAGCCCUACUGAGGUCUUCCCCACUGUGGUAGGCGACCUGGACAGCAGCGGCAGCCUCAACGCCCAGGUCCUGCUCCUCCUGGCCGAACGCCUCCGAGCCAAGGCCGUCUUCCAGACGCAGCAGUCCAAGUUCCUGACCUGGCAGUUCGACGGCGAGUACCGGGGUGACGACUACACGGCCACGCUGACCCUGGGGAAUCCCGACUUGAUCGGGGAGUCCGUGAUCGUGGUGGCGCACUUCCUGCAGAGCCUCACUCAUCGGCUGGUGCUGGGAGGAGAGCUGGUUUAUCACCGCCGGCCAGGCGAGGAGGGGGCCAUCCUGACGCUGGCGGGGAAGUACUCGGCCCUGCACUGGGUAGCCACCCUGAAUGUGGGAUCGGGCGGGGCCCAUGCCAGUUACUACCACCGGGCCAAUGAGCAGGUUCAGGUCGGCGUGGAGUUUGAGGCAAACACGAGGCUACAGGACACGACCUUCUCCUUUGGUUACCACCUGAGUCUGCCCCAGGCCAACAUGGUGUUCAGAGGCUUGGUGGACAGCAACUGGUGUGUGGGCGCGGUGCUGGAGAAGAAGAUGCCCCCGCUGCCUGUCACCCUCGCCCUCGGGGCCUUCCUCAACCACUGGCGCAACAGGUUCCACUGUGGCUUCAGCGUCACCGUGGGCUGAGGCUGCCCAGCGCCGCCGCAGCCGCCGAGUCAGGUGCCCCAGGGCGAGAGACGAGGCCCCUCUCCAGAGCCCGCCUUGCUGGGUGCCCCACAGGUCCCGGGGCAGAGUCGGGGACAGGACCAUGCCCUCCUCAGAACUGGGGCUGCCACAAGGGAGCCGAUGAGGCAGUGCUGUGAGGACCCCCCUGCCCCAGUGUGUGUCCUUGGUCCCCGCCGCGGCUCUGGACUGCGGGACAAGGGCUAAGGGGUCUGUCCCGCUCAGUUGUCUCCGUCACACUCCGCCUUCUUCACGUCCCUGUGGAUUAAAGCUCCUCGCCUCCUUGUCAGAGCAGAGCGCCCUGCGUAGGACUGGUGCCAUCCUGUUUCCCGGCCCAGAGCCUUCCGAGGCUGGGAUCGAGUCUUGACCUCAGAAAGUGGGGCCACGCAUCCCCAGAAGGAGCAUCUUCCUUCCCUGUCUUCCGUGCUUCCAGAGAACAACCUUCCCCCGUGCACCCCCGCCCCGCCGCGACGCGAGGCGAGGCGGUUAUUGCUUUAGCCUUUCGCCGGAACCGUGGGCUCCCUCCCUCCUGGUCCUGGCCUCUGGUCCCAGCCUUCGCCCUUCCCAGCCCCAGGUGUCCAGGUGGGCUGUGAAGGCGGCCAGCCCAGCCGCAGAGGUCCUGGGUCAGAGGCAUCCUGGCAGACGUCCCUGGAUGUGCUGUUGAUGCUCCGGAGCACAGCCAGCAGGCCCAGCAGCUUUGCACACAGAGACCUCAGGGGCAGGAAGUAGUGAGGUCACCAGGAAAAGGAAGGAAAUAAAGCAGCUGAGAGUGUUGUCCUGCCCACCCCCCUCCUCCGAACUGCCCCUCAGUUAGGCUAGGUCCGACUGCCAGAGAAAACCGUGUUCUGGGGUGACAGAUUUCUCAGAGGUCCCCAAGGGGCCUCUCUGUGUGACACUGUCUUCGCGCACGUGCCGUUUGUCUUGCACCCAGAGCUCAGAGGGCCACGUGUGAAGAAAGCCUCAGACUUGGCGAGGGCUCCAGCUGUUUGGAAUCUGAGGGCCUGGCCAUGGAGAGCAGCUUCUAGGAGGCGGGUGUGUCCUGGAGUCUAAAGCACCCCUCUCUGGGCAGAACGGCUUGUGGAGGGCGGGCAGCAGUGGGCGCAGCGCACUCAGGCGGGGGAGGUGGCCUGCUGAGCGGGGGGCUUUGGCCGUGAAGCUGUGAAUGAGCAUCACCUCGUGGGCAUGAGCAAUGGAAGGACGGGCCCGGUGAAGAGGAGGGCAAAGGCCCAGGGCGGAGCGUGAACACUCCGCGAACGCCGCUGGUCCAGGGAGGUUGGAUGGGGGAGCGAGCGGGAGGAGGCCAUCAGUCUCAGGAAUGCCGUGAUACAGGCUGUGAGCAACUACUUCGCAUCUCCACUGAAUAAAAGUCUGGAAAAAGUGAGAGGAGGCCGCCGCAGGAGCU